AUGGAACAGGAGUCGAUUGGUGGUUCCAGAUACUUUGUCUGUUUCACGUGUGACUACUCAAGAUUUCGCCUGGUGUACUUCUUGAAGAGGAAAUCUGAGGUGAUUGACAAGGUCAAAGAAAUGUUGCAGUUUGUGAAGAAUCAACGUGGUCGACCAGUUAAGGUGUUCCAGUGUGACGGAGGAGGAGAAUUUGUAAAUGGAGCGAUUCAAAAUCUCAUGAAGUCUGAAGGAACGAAGAUGGUAGUCACCAAUCCGUACACGCCUCAACAAAACGGUUGUGCUGAACGAUCAAACAGAACACUUGAUGACCUAGCACGUACUAUGCUUGUUAGCAAAGUUCUACCGAAGUUUCUAUGGGCUGAAGCUGUCAACGCGGUGGUGUACAUCCUCAACCGAACUGGUCCAAGUUCUGUAGAGGGUAAAACUCCUUACGAGUUGUUCGUUGAGAAGAGCGUUCAUCUGAACAGGUUCCAUAUCUUUGGAACCGUUUGCUACUUGAUGGUGCCCAAAGAACGUCGGAAGAAGUGGGAUGCCAAAGGUGCCCAGGGAGUAUUCGUCGGGUAUUCCGACGACAUUGAUGGUUUUCGUGUGUGGAUAAAGGACACGAGGAACGUGAUUCGAAGUAGAGAGGUAGUGUUCGGUCCAGAGCAUUCCUCUAAAGUAUUGGCAUUGUUUCCUGCUGAAGCUACAGAAAAAGAUCCCGUUGUCGAAGAAAUUGAAGACCAUCUUGAAAAUCUGAACUCUCCUAGAGUUCUGAACUUACCUGAAGUCCCGAAUCCUGCGUUACCAGAUCAAGUUGUUGAUGCUGAACCGCGAAUCGAAGAGUUCGAUGAAACCCCCAAGACUGCAAAGGAGCCCAUUCAACGGCGUCUUCGAGAUAGAAGUACUCUUCAGAAACCUGUAAGAUUCAAUGAGAUGUUUCUUGCAGAGUUAGACGAACCUCGAAGCUACAAAGAAGCCAUGGAGUCGGCUGAUCAUGUGCACUGGAAGGCUGCGAUGAAAGAAGAAAUGUCUUCGCUGGAGGAAAAUGGAACCUGGACUUUGACAGAAUUACCACCAGGAAGGAAGACUAUCGCCAAUCGCUGGGUCUUUCGUAUCAAACGUGAUGCGGAAGGGAAGAUCUGUCGUUACAAAGCUCGACUUGUUGCGAAGGGAUACAGUCAACGAGAAGGUAUCGAUUAUAAUGAAACAUUCAGUCCUGUAGCUCGCUUUGAUACAAUCAGGGCGAUCCUGAGUAUUGCUGCCAAGGAACAUCUCAAGUUGGCCCAGUUUGAUGUCAAGACGGCUUUUUUGAACGGCUUCCUGGACGAAGAAAUCUACAUGAAUCAAGCUGAAGGUUUUGAAGAUGGUUCUAAUCUUGUGUGCUUGCUGAUUAGGAGUCUCUAUGGUUUGAAGCAAUCGCCAAGGUGCUGGAACAAUCGAUUCAAGGAGUUUUUAAUCUGUAAGUUUGGUCUUGUCCAAAGUGAAGCUGAUCCGUGUCUUUUUUAUCGUAUAUCUGAUGAAGAUAAGCUGAUCGUUGUUUUGUACGUGGACGAUGGCUUGGUUGCUGCGACGAAAGAUGGCAUUAUUCAAGAGUUCCUGAGGAAGCUGGAGAUGGAGUUCAAGAUCACUCUUGAAGAGCUUGGUUCUUUCUUGAAUAUGCUCAUUGAACGAGAGGAAGAUGGCUCAAUCCAUUUGAGUCAGAAUUUGUAUGCAGAAAGUCUUCUUCAGAAGUUCAACAUGGCAAAAGCAAACGCUGUCUCGACGCCCAUCGAAAAAUACGUGCAAUUGGAGGAGAAAACUGGUUUAAGAACAUCUGCUCCUUACCGUGAAGCUGUAGGAUGUUUGAUGUACUUAGCUGUAGCCACUCGUCCUGACAUCGCGUUCGCAAUUAGUUACGCGUCGCAAUUCCUGGAAAAUCCGGAAGAAGUUCACUGGUUGCUGGUCAAAAGAAUCCUGAGGUACAUUAAAGGGUCUAGUUCGGUUGGCAUCAGGUAUGAGGCUGGUUCUGGAGGACCAAUAUCUUGGGCUAGCAGACGUCAAGAGUGUGUGUCCAUAUCCACAACUGAGGCUGAGUAUGUCGCUGCUGGUGAAGCUGCGAGGGAAUCAGUUUGGUUGGCGCGACUGUUUACAGAAGUUUCUCCCUUAGACAACGUUCCGGUUCUUUUUGUGGACAACCAAAGCGCAAUCAAGUUAGCGAAAAAUCAUGAGUUCCACAAGAGGACCAAGCAUAUCGAAGUGAGGUACCAUUAUAUUGGAAAGGAAUUGGAGGAUGGAAGGUUGAACAUACAACAUGUACCAGGUGAUCAACAACUCGCUGAUAUCCUGACCAAGCCGCUACCUCGUCUGAGAUUUGCUGAAUUACGUUCUGCUCUGGGAAUGAUUUGA